AUCUUGAGCUGUCUUUUUUCUCGAUCAUAGAGGUGAGACGGUCUAUUGAGACGUGGCCAUAUGAACAGCUGCCCUGCUCCUCUUUCUCUCUGGUCCACCUUCUCAUAUUUCUGUCAACCUGCACCGGUUGGCUCAGCGAUAACCAGUGUGAAGAGGAGUUGUUGACAUGUCAACGACGCCCAUUCUGCCCAUUUCGCAGUGUACGGCUCCAAUACAUGAAUCAGAGGCAUUGCAAAAUCAUUGAGCAGUACCACACAGGAUCGAGACAUUCGGAUUGCCUCCAAAAGCAAGUUUUGAUACAUCUCUCGAGCUUAAGCAUGCCCCGGCUUCCGACAGGUUCAUCGGACCCAGUCUCCUUCACCUGUACCUGUCCGGCCUCCAACGAUGGCCUCGUUCUCCUCUUCUACCGCUAUUUCGCAGCCUCCCCACCACUACCCUCUCAACAUGAUUCCUCAGCAGCUGAGCCCUCAAUUCUGGCCGCCUUCCACACAAAUCUGACGCAGAAAUUUAACCUCGGAGGCAAGAUCCGCGUCGCGAAGGAAGGAUUCAACAUCACAGUUGCAGGCACCAAAGCUGAAAUCGAAGCCUAUAUCCAGGAAUGUAUUUCCCAUUGGUCGUUUUCUGGUCUUGAUUUGGACACGGAAGCUAAGAAGAAUGGUUUUUUCAAACCUACUCCGGGAGGAUGUGCAUGUGUGUUUGGAGGUCCUCGGGCCAGUGUCCGUGUAACUUCUGAGAUUACACCGAUGGGAGUAAUGAACUAUAGCCCUAAAAGUUGGGAUCAAAUUGAAGUUCUGUCCCCAGAGGAGUUCCAUGACAAAUGCUUGAAGGAUGAUGGGACAGUAUUGAUGGAUGUGAGGAAUCACUAUGAGUCAAGAAUUGGAUAUUUUGUGCAUCCAAAGACAGGAGAACCUGCUGUGAGACCUGGGAUUAGGAGAUUUUCGCAAUGGCCGCAAUAUGUGAAGAGGCAUAUGGCUGGAAAGGACGACAGCGAGCGGACUGAGGGCAGACAAUUUAUGACGUAUUGCACUGGAGGGAUUAGGUGUGAGAAAGGUGCGAGAUUCUUGCAGGAGAACAUGGAGAAGCGGGAGGGAGAUACAGUGUGCACUCUGAAAGGUGGUAUUGCUGCUUAUCUAGCUUGGAUUGACGAGGAGAUCAAGCUGGGCAGCAAGAAGCCCGAACACUCUUUAUUUCGAGGAAAGAAUUAUGUCUUCGACGCCAGGGGUUCAAUGGGACUUAGUGAAGAAGCUGGAGACCCCGUAUCAAAAUGCCACCUGUGUGACAAACCUUCAGACAGGUUGAGCAAAUGCCGAUCUAAGGGCUGUCACCUUGUUCUUGUGGUCUGCGAGCAUUGCGAAGAAGCAGAUCCGAGGUGCUGCCAGAGCUGUCGGGAUUUUGAUGAUAUCUGUGCUUCUGAAGAGAAAGGGGAAGCGCGGCCAAGGCCGAUCUGUUCUUGCGAGAAGGAAAGGGAAGAGCGGCUCUGGGGACCACGGCCCGUCAAAGAAUCGAGGCAUCCUGCUGCGAAUUCGAGAAUCACUCGAGCGAAGGCCAACGAUAUCAACAUUCAAGUCAAAAUUAUCGAAUGAAUCUCAUCCGCACACCUACCGGCGUCACGGGAACUCGGGCCUUUCCCCAUCAUUUCCAGGAAACAUAUCCCUGCCAAGCCUAUCCGAUAUGCAACAAACCAUUCAUGUUCCCGUUGUGAACCAUGGGUUUUGAAAAGGUGUGUUUAUUCUCCCAAGGUAUCAGAUCAAGCUACCAACUUAGUCGGUGGCGCUUGUACACGCCAGUGAUGCGCGACAGAAAGGUGUGAGCGGGAGGAAGUUUGGGCCCGAUAAAGGCGGAUGAAUAUGCUCAACUGCAUCGACACUUAACAACUAGCGAAUGCUGCAUGGAUAUCACAGCUUCCCUCGAUCAUUCGCGAAUGAAAAAUAAUGCUAGUUGUAGUCAAUCCUUUGCGUCUCCAUUCAUACCGUA